CUUUUUCCAACCCUGGCCUUGUCAUUCUAAAAUGCAGCUUAGACCAGCAGGAUGGCCGCCAUUUGGAGAUUUCCUUCCAUUCUUCCUCUACUCCUCGGCCUCCUGUCUCUCUUUCCCACCCACCCAACCACCUUGAUCAUCGCUGCCAAUGCCCCCUCCGCCACCCUCUCUAAUGAUGGUGACCUCCCCAUUUUCCGCGAAGCCCCCGCGUUUCGCAAUGGUGACGCAUGCAAUGACACGAACCUGAUCCACAUCGCCAUGACCCUCGACGAGAACUACAUAAGAGGGACAAUGGCAGCCGUGUUUUCCAUCCUUCAGCACUCAACGUGCCCGGAGAACGUCGUCUUCCAUUUCCUGUGGGCCCACCACCACCCGGAGGUCUUCUCCAUCAUCAACUCCACCUUCCCGUACCUCAGAUUCAACGUUUACCGCUUUGACACCACAAAGGUCCAAGGCCUGAUAUCGAAAUCCAUUCGUCAAGCGCUAGACCAGCCGUUGAACUACGCAAGGGUCUACCUCGCUGACAUACUUCCGGCGGAAGUGAAACGUGUGAUAUACCUCGACUCCGACCUCGUCGUGGUGGAUGACAUCAUGAAGUUGUGGGAAGUGGACAACGGCGAGAGGGUUUUGGCCGCGCCAGAAUAUUGCCAUGCAAACUUCACCCUUUACUUCACAGACGAGUUCUGGUCAGACCGUAAACUGGUCGACGCAUUCGACGAAGGGAAAAAGAAGAAGAUCGUGGCAUGGAAGCCGUGUUACUUCAACACGGGGGUGAUGGUGGUGGACGUGGAGAAAUGGAGAGAAGGAGGAUAUACAGAGAGAGUGGAGGAGUGGAUGUUGGUGCAAAAACAGAAGAGGAUUUACCACCUCGGCUCUUUGCCACCUUUCUUGCUGGUCUUUGCUGGGGACAUAAUGGCCGUUGACCACCGAUGGAACCAACAUGGCUUGGGCGGCGACAACAUCGAAGGCAAAUGCAGGAGCUUGCACCCCGGUCCGAUCAGCUUGCUCCAUUGGAGUGGGAAGGGCAAACCAUGGCUGAGAUUAGAUUCCGGGAGGGCUUGCAAUGUUGAUCAUUUGUGGGCUCCUUAUGAUCUUUAUCGUUCUUCCAAGCAUUCUUUUGAAGACUGAUAUAUCUAUCAUCAACGACUGGUUCUUGCAUGCAUGCAUGUGUCUGUGGGGAGUACUUGGAAAUUCAAGGAUGUGGGGGGUACUGAGGUCGUAGUCUAUAAGGACACCAGAGAUCGAAUACAUACCAGGUCAAAUGGACAAAAAAAAGUUGAAAAUUUUCAAAGUUUUGAGUUAUUAUUGUAAUUCUAUGUACAGUUUGGUUUGAUGUACUCUAAUUAAUUAGGCGUUUUAUUUAUGUAUAUUAAAAGUAACCAUUUGCAUGUCGAUUAUACAUACGGAGUAUAUAAAGUUAUCUUCCCAUCUU